CUCCGCACCCUCAGGUGUGUGGGUCCUGCCUCCCGGCGCGGUCUCUGGGCUCUCCUCGGCCCGUCCAUGGAAGGGGCCACGUCCCCAUCGUCAGGAGGUCAGCUGGAGCUCUCGGUGCUGGAGGAGCAGCCGGACGAGCAGGCGCCUCUAAAUGGAGAUAUCCAGGUCAUCCCUGCUUCUGCCGAGGAGCUCAGCGGGGCUCAGGCUAUCAAACAAAGCCCCUGGAGCUCCUGCAAUAAGACUUUGGUGGGAAAGUGUAAACUGUGGAUGGUCAUUGCCUCCAUUUUCAUCAGUCUUAUUAUAAUCAUCAUCAUAAGCUUAUGUCUUAUUGGAGCAACUUACAUCGAUGAAGAUGAAAAUGAAAUACUUGAAUUAUCAUCAAACAAAACAUUCUUCAUCAUGCUGAAGGUUCCAGAGGAGUGUGUUACUGAAGAGGAAUUGCCUGGCUUGCUCCUUAAAAGGCUCACAGCUGUGUACAGUUCAUCGCCAUCUCUGAGUCACUAUUUUACUUCAGUUGAAAUAGCGGAUUUCAGUGGUGACAAUGCCACAAUAACUUACCACCUGCAAUUUGGGGUUCCAUCGGAAGAUGCCAGUUUUAUGAAGUAUAUGAUGAGUGAAGAGUUGGUGCUGGGCCUUUUGCUACAGGACUUCCAUGAGCAGAGCAUUUCUGGUUGUGAAAAUCUGGGGCUUGAUCCAUCAUCCUUCUCACUCUUUGACUGAAGUGGUGGAGGUUGAUCUAUGUCCAAAAGCAGUGCUCCACUGAGUUUUGGAGAUGAAGAGAAUUCAUUUCAUUUUACAGAAAAGAUUCUGUGAAUUAAUGUAGAAGGU